AUGUCGGAAGUUAAGGACUUUGGCUCUGCCUUCUCGCUCGAUGGAAAGACUGCCCUCGUCACUGGGGGAUCCCGUGGAUUGGGCCUUCACAUGGCCACAGCUUUCCUCCUCUCGGGCUGUUCUCACGUCAUCAUCACCGCCAGAAAGUUAGAGGGUGAACAGGGCAUCAGCCAGGCUAUCGAGAAGCUUAAUCGUCUCCCGAAUAACCGGGGGAAAGCGAUCGGGAUCGCUGCAAAUGGUGCCGACUCCAACGAUAUUGUGCGACUCGUCGGAGAAGUCAAGGACAUCGUGGGUGAAAGGGGGCUGAACAUCUUGGUGUGUAAUGCUGGAGCAGCGUGGGGCUCCAAGUUUGAAGAGGCGCCACCCAGCAGCUCGAUGAAGAUUCUGGACCUGAAUGUGAGAGGCGUUUUUGAGUUGGUGCAAAAGUUCCUGCCUUUACUGGAGAAAGCAGCGUCGGAAGACGAUCCGGCUCGGGUGCUCACGGUGAGUUCGACAGCAAGCAGUAAUGUGCCGCACGUGGGAGAACACGGGACGAUCAUGUACGCGGCAUCGAAAGCAGCUGCCAAUCAUCUGGGACGUAAUUUCGCCGUCGAGCUGGGACCGAGGAACAUCACAUCCAACAUUAUCGCCCCCGGCUUCUUCCCUUCCAAACUGGCACAGGGUCUUAUCAAAAAUCUUGGGGGAACCGAGGAGUUGAGCAGAGGCAAUCCGCUGGGCCGACUUGGUCAGCCUGAAGACAUCGCCGGUGUGGCAGUGUUCCUAUGUUCUCCAGCAGCAAAAUACGUAAACGGUGUGGUCAUUGAGAUCGAUGGCGGGGCGCGAUUAGCUUCUGGAAGGUUGACCAAGCUCUGA